GCUCGAAUUGGAUAAUGAGUUACGGAUUUGGGGUGUGAAACUUGAUCCGAGUCUCAGACUGGUGCAGGGAAAGCCCACAGUCUAAAACAGCAUGAAGAAGUGGAGGGACUUCGUGUAAACAGAGAAGCCGUGACGCCAUCAGGUGAAAGUGAAAGUGUUUCUGAGCAGUAUUUAAGCUGCUGUCCAGACAAGUAUUCCUGUAACUCCGAGGGGAUUCUCAGCAGAGCCUGUCCGAACAAAGGUGAGAACGACUACGAUUUAGAGAUGUCUGCUGCCAGCUGUCUGCUGACUGAGCAUCAGUUCCUGUGCUCCAUCUGUCUGGAUGUCUUCACUGAUCCUGUCACCAUACCAUGUGGACACAACUUCUGUCAAACCUGCAUCACUAAAUGCUGGGAUAGUAAUGUCCCACAUCAAUGUCCCAACUGUAAAGAGAUGUUCUCCACCAGACCACAGCUGAAGAUCAACACUGUCCUCAAAGAGAUGUCUGCUCAGUUCAGACAGUCAGCUCAGCAGAAAUCCAGCAGCAGCAGCUCAGAGAGACAAGUUUCCAAACCAGGAGAAGUUCCCUGUGACGUCUGCACUGGAACCAAAGUGAAGGCCCUGAAGUCCUGCCUGGUGUGUCUGGCUUCUUACUGUGAGACUCACCUGGAGCCUCAUCUGACCAAGUCAGGUCUGAAGAGACAUCAGCUGAUGGACCCUGUGGAGAACCUGGAAGACAGGAUGUGUGAGAAGCACGACAAACUGCUGGAGCUGUUCUGUAAGAACGACCAGAGGUGUGUCUGCAUGAUGUGCUCAGUUACAGACCACAAGACUCAUGAUGUUGUUCCUCUGAGAGAAGAAUAUGAAGGAAAGAAGGCCGAGCUGGGGAAGACAGAGGCUGAAAUUCAGCAGAUGAUCCAGAAGAGACGAGUGAAGAUUGAAGAGCUCAAACACUCAGUGGAGCUCAGUGAUGAGAACGCAGACAGAGAGAUAGCAGAAGGUGUUGGCUUCUUCAGCGCUCUGUUAGAGACUGUGCAGAGAAAUCUCAAUGGGCUCAUUGAUUCAGUCAAAGAGAAGCAGGAAAAGACAAAGAAACAGGCUGAAGGCUUCAUCAGAGAGCUGGAACAGGAAAUCUCUGAGCUGGAGAAGAGAAAUGCUGAGGUGGAGCAGCUCUCACGCUCUGAAGACCACCUCCAACUCCUCCAGAAGUUCACGUCUCUGAACGCUGCUCCACCCACCAAGGACUGGACUGAAGUCAGAGUCCAUCCACCUUCAUAUGAGGGGACUGUGGUGAGAGCUGUGAAGCAGCUGGAGGAGACCAUCAGUGAACAGAUGAAGAAGCUGAUUGAGGCCGAGCUGAAGAGAGUCCAGCAGUAUGAGCUGAACGACGUGGACCAAAAGCUGAUUGGCCCCUUGGUGGAUAGAAACUCCAAGUAUCAGAUUGUGAAUGAGGGCUGCAGUGAUGGGUGUCCUUCUGGAGCUUUGUCCCAUCUCCACUCAGGAUCUCUGGAACCAUCAGUUCCAUCUCAUGGCAUUUCCAUUCCUCCCUUUGAAGUUUUCAUCAGCCCAUAUCGUCAUCAAACCCACUCCAGAAGACGCCGUCCUGUGAACAUAGAUGUUAUCCUUCCUCUGAUCCCCGAUUCAAUUCUGGUCCCUCCACUUAGAGACCAGAAUUGAAUUGAAUUGAGGAUAUGACAGAGGUGGGAGAAAGGCAUUGUUUUGCAGAUCUCAAGUAAGGCCCCGUUCACACAGAAACGAAUUCAGGUGUAUACGCAAAAGUUUUUUGUCGGAUUGACGUUUCAUCCACACAGAAACGGCGUUUGGGGUGACUGUAAACGAUACUUUUUGAAACCUGGGUCCCAGAGUGCAUAAAUCCGUAAAUGAAUACCGUUUCGUCUCCGUGUGUACUGUUAUCUGCAUCUUUCUUGAAACGAUUACGUCACACACAGCGUAGCGCCCUUAAGAUGCCUGCAGGGGUUAGGCCAAAACAACAGUAGCGGACUACACGCUUGCGUUCGUGCUGCAGAAGCUACAGAGCCUGUUGUGGCUUUUACAGAAAAAUCUAAUGCUCCUUUACCACCACCGCGAAACGCAUACACCAUAUGCUCUUAAAUCCAACGUGGAGAACAACCAGAAGGGCAACUAAAUGGAAGUUUGUGUUAGUUUUCUGUGAUAUUCUUCUUCUACUCUGGUGCAUUUCAAUGGCAGCGUUAUAGCGCCACAUAUAGGCUUGGCAUAUGUACUACAGUGUUUUCAGUCGUUUCAGUGGUUCCGUGUUUACGCGGAUAUUUCCUGAAACGAUCCCGUCUUUACAGAAAACUUUUCCAAAAUAAACGGCAGUAUAGCGUUUUCGUUUCUGUGUGAACGGGGCCUAAGUCUCAAGUCUUUAAUCCCAAGUCCAAGUCAAGUCUCAAGUAAAGACAAGUCGAGUCAAGUCCAAAGUCAUAGGCUUGAAAUUUUCGAGUCCUUACAAGUUAUAAGCAGCGUUUCCGCUAGACUUUUUUGUCCCCAGUCAAAAUGACUGGCAGUCCUCAAGAAUUCCGGCCAUUUAGAACAACUGUCAGACAUUUGCCUUCACAUUACUUUGCUGCAUUAACAGCAGCGAAACGGAUGAAUCUUAUAUUCUGUGGUACAUCGAUACAUACAAGUUUGCACUAAACAGGACUGAGGACACAUUUUUAUUUCCAGACCUGACCCAAAACCAAGACAGAAACCAAGCCAGACGGUAAACCUGAGUAAUUAUUACCGUUAUUACAGUCACAUGAUUAGACCCCAGAACCAACUACACAAAGACUUUCUCUUAUUUUUGUUUGUGUAAGUGGUUUAGGGUAUCAAAAUAAAGGCUGCAUGCCUUUCCCUACACACCAGUGAGUCACACAAUAUACGCCCACGUUAAACUUAUCAACAACAACACUUAGCUUCACAUCAGCACUGUAAGCCUGUUAGCACAUUGACUAUCAUAACUUUGCAGCUUACAACAGCCAAAUACCAUCCUCCACCAGCAUCCAAACAUAACUCCCCAGUGCUUUCUUAACCGGACACUUAGAACUCUACGUUUCAAAUGAAAAAUGAGUCUUACUGUCAGUUGCUAAUAUCAGUCCUCAUGAUGGUAUAACUGUAGCAUCUGUUAAACCAUUAAAUCCAACCAUCCUGGUUUAUUUGGACAAGUCCCGAAAAGACAAAAGCUCCACAGCAGAUAGUCCGGUCCACUCCUCCUCUCAUUAACGGCUUUUCCAAGACUACUUCUGCUAAUUAGCAGGCGUAGGCCUCUCUCUCUCUCUGCUGCUGCAUCAGGGUUUCAGCCGUUCAGCUAUACAAUUCCCUUUGUUUUAGCCCCUUCAUUACUGGCAGCAAUGACACUCAAAAUCCCUCCAUACCGCUGAUGAUAUUAAUGUCAUGAUCCAGGUUCUGAUUUGUUAUGUUUUUGAGAUUCUCUAGUGUUUUCCUGUGUUUAUUCUGUAUAGUUCAGUUUAGUUCUUGAUCCCUACUGUUUUCCUUGUUUGUUCUGUGAUUUCCCUGUUUCUAGUUUUACAUUGUACUUAGGUUUUCUAGUUUGUAUAUUUCUGGUGUUUAGUUCUUAGGUGUUCUUGUAGUCCUUGUGUUUCUGUGUAUUUUGUGCCUUAUGUAGGUUCAUGUUCAUGUAUCACCAGUUACAGCCAAUAACAGUGUGUGUAGCUGCCUCUCAUUGAGAAAGUAGCAAAUAAGCCACAGACCAGACUUCAACCUGGACGUACCUGCAUGUAUAGGUCAUCUGUGCCCCAACUUUUAAAAAUUAA